UUGUCGUGUAACCAAGUUGGGUCUUCCUUAGUUACGUGGCUUUGGAUCGUUUCUUCAAAAGAGAAAAAAGCUCUGACUCCCAGUUCUCUCGCCUCGUCCGGCCACAUAGCUGCCGCUGCACCUCCGUCCGACGUUCGUCCAACACCGCAGUCGCACGCCGGUCGUUUUCCAUCUCCGCCGGAGUCGCACGUCGGGACAGAAUUGAAAUAAUAUUAUCCCAGACAUCCUUUUAUCUGAACUGGGCUACAAACUUACGACGAGCCAAUUAUUGAAUCCUUCUGGAUUCAUACCCUAAGUAUUGCGAGACUCUGAACUACAGUAGAACUUGGCUGAGAUGCACCGUCCGGAGAAAUUGGACGACGAUUAUUCUGCCAAUGAGGACAGCAACGUCUCAGCUGAAUUGGAGACUUCAAUUAGUCCCAAUGGUGAUCUCCAGGAAGGAAAUGAUGGUGAAAAUAAGAACUUAGGAAAUUCUAAUGCUCUAGCAAAUGGGCUCUCUUCCAUGCUUAUCAACAUCAUAAGGGAUUUUGACUCGAAAGCUGAUGAUACUCUCAAAAGCCAGAACCAUCUUUCAUCUUCCCUCGAUCGUCUUACUACAGAACUGGAUCAAUUACUUGAAGAUGCACCUUUUCCAUUCAUCAUGCAGCAUGCCUCAAGGAUAUCUAAUGUAAGAAAGAGAGUUUUGUCACUGAAUUCCAUCCUAAGAACUAUACAACGAAGAGUGGAUAACAUAGAUCGGGCAAUCACGAUGGGCAAUCUACCAGUCCACAACCAGUAGGGGGUAGACAUCCAUUUUGUGGUUCAUUCAGCUGAUAUCUCCAAGUUAUUUAUUUUGUUGACUCAUUGGGUGAGGGUACUAAUUUGUAAUUUGGAAAUAUUAGUAAGGGAAUUGUGGUAAUUAUCUAAGUGUGCUUUUGGUUAUAAACAGGGGUUGCUAGGUACCUUAGAAGGGAGGAGUGGUUUUGGCAUUAUCCAUAUCCAAUGUUGGGACCUUGAGAAAGUGAUAUCCCUCUCGAAAUGCAAUUGCUAUAUUGUAGUUUCCUUUUAUGUUAAUACGUUGUGAUUCGAGUGAACUAGGUUUUGAGAGAGAUCUCAAAUCGAAGGGUGAAAGUACUUUUAAUUACUUGUUUAUGUUGUAGUUCUUAAUAUUGCAAUAUGUUUGUUUGUUUCCUA